AUGAAGCUAGAACUCAUUAGGCCUUGUUCAUAUAUUGAUAUCUCAAUCGGAGGCACCAAGACCGGUAGGAUAGUGGUGGAAUUGUUUGAAGAUUUGGCACCUAAAGCUUCUGAGAAUUUCAUCAAGUUAUGCAAUGGUUCACAAAAAUCCCAAGAGGGAAGUCCUUUAACUUUCAAGGGUAAUUAUUUUCAUCGAAUUAUUAAAAACUUUGUCGUUCAAGCGGGAGAUAUUGAAAAUGGUACUUCAAUUAAAGAUUAUCCUAAUCUGAACAUUGGUAAAGGUGGUGUUUCAAUCUACAAUAAUGAUACGUUCGAAGACGAAAAUCUAUCUGAACCUUUGGAUAGCCCAUUUAAACUUUGUAUGGCAAAUGAUGGUACUGCAAAUGCAAAUAAAUCACAAUUUUUCAUAACAACGUUUCCUCAACCUCAUUUGAAUGGUAAGCAUACUGUAUUUGGUAAAGUGAUUCAUGGGAAAUCAGUUGUUCGAGAGAUGGAAAGGGUUGAUACUGAUAGUCAAAAUAUUCCAAAGAAGGAAAAUAUAGUUUUUAUUGAAGAUUGUGGAGAUUGGACAGAAGACAUGGAUAUUCCAGUUUAUAAUGCAUGCUAUGAUCAAAUAGGAGGCGAUAUCUACGAAGAGUAUCCAGAUGACGAUGAAUACAUUGAUAAGGAAUCAUCAGAACUGGUAUAUAAUGCAUCUACAAAAAUCAAAGAAAGUGGAACACUCUUAUUCAAAAAGGGAAUGAAACAAGAAGCAUUUUUGAAGUACAGAAAAUGCUUAAGGUACGUAAUGGAAUAUAUACCAGACGAAGAUCAAGAACCAGACUGGUAUAAAAAAUAUUUAGAUAUAAAGAAAAAGUUGUAUUUAAACUUGUCCAUGGUAUGUUUAGGCUUGAAAAAUUUUAUGAAAGCUGCCGAUUACUCAAGCUAUUUGUUAGACAUGAAUAAUCUCACGACACAAGAAAAGGCCAAAGGACAUUACAGACAUGGAUGUGCUUUGAUAGAACUUAAAAAAUAUGACGAAGCUCUAACAGAAUUCAAGAACGCUAAACUUUUAGUUCCUGAAGACCCAGCAAUUGAAACACAGUUAAAUAAAUGUGAACUGUUAAUAGAAGCGAAAAAGCAAAAUGAAAAAGCAAAGUAUGCUAAAUUCUUUUCUUAA